AUGACGUCCGGCCAUUCCCAGCUGCCCGACGCCGCGCUGUGGCUGCUUCUGGGAACGCUGGCGCUCAGCAUCGGCAGCAGCGCGGCAGCGUCGGCGUCGGCGCCGCGUGUGCCGGCGGUGAUCGUGUUCGGUGACUCGACGGUGGACACGGGCAACAACAACCAGAUCGGCACGACGCUGCGGUCCAAUUUCCCGCCCUACGGCCGCGACAUGCCGGGCGGCGCCCGCGCCACGGGGCGGUUCGGCAAUGGGCGCCUCCCGCCGGACUUCAUCUCCGAGGCGCUGGGCCUGCCGCCGCUCGUCCCGGCCUACCUCGACCCGGCCUACGGCAUCGCGGACUUCGCGCGCGGCGUCUGCUUCGCCUCCGCCGGCACCGGCGUCGACAACGCCACCGCCGGCGUCCUGUCAGUGAUCCCGCUGUGGAAGGAGGUGGAGUACUACAAGGAGUACCAGGUCCGGCUGCGCGCCUACGCCGGCGCCGCGCGCGCCCGCGCCAUCGUCCGCGGCGCGCUCCACGUCGUCAGCAUCGGCACCAACGACUUCCUCGAGAACUACUACAUGCUCGGCACCGGCCGCUUCCUGCAGUACACGGUGGCCGAGUUCUCCGACUUCAUCAUCGACGGCGCACGGUGGUUCCUCUCCGAGAUCCACCGCCUCGGCGCGCGCCGCAUCACCUUCGCGGGCCUCUCCCCCAUCGGCUGCCUCCCGCUGGAGCGCACCACCAGCUUGCUCCGCGGCCGCGGCGGCUGCAUCGAGGACUACAACCGGGUGGCCAGGGAGUACAACAUGAAGCUGGAGGCCAUGGUGCGCGGCCUCCGCGCCAAGCUCCCUACCCUCAAGGUCGCCUACAUCCCCGUCUACGACGCCAUGCUCGACUUCAUCACCAACCCGGGCAAGUUCGGGCUGGAGAACGUGGAGGAAGGGUGCUGCGCGACGGGGAUGUUCGAGAUGGGGUUCAUGUGCAACGACCAGGCGCCGCUGACGUGCGACGACGCCGAUAAGUUCCUCUUCUGGGACGCCUUCCACCCCACGCAGAAGAUCAACCGGAUCAUGGCCAACAACACCCUCAACGAUUGCUACCAGCAAGGCGUCCUAUGA